AUAAUAUACCUAAUUUCCACUUAAGAAGAUGGCCAUGGGGUCCCCAUAUGGUACUGUGGAUCCAAUAACUAUCUUUGGCUGCUGCAGAGCCAGCCAUGCUUCUCUCUCAUAAUUAAAUGAAUUUGAGGUUGUCGAUUAGCUGCCUGCCUAUUCUCUUGGUUUCUCACAGCCUGGUUUCUGUUUCAGCCCAGAGAUAGGAAGCAUAGAAGAUGAUGCUAUCACCAUUGACUCUCACCAUACUUCCUUUCAUCUUCUUAUUCUCAGCCUGUAAAAUUUCGUCCCAGGAUGUAUCUCCAGGAUCAACGUUGUCUGCUUCGAAUCCAAGCCAAUCAUGGAAUUCUCCCAACAAUUCUUUCUCACUUUCCUUUGUCCAAGAAUCUCGCGACAGAUACUUUGCUGCCGUAUCCUACAAUGGUGUUCCUAUCUGGAAAGCUGGGGGUGAUCCUGGUGGGGCUGUUGAUUCGUCGGCUUCUCUCCAGUUCCUAGCCAAUGGGAACCUCCAGCUCGUUACCCGUACAGGGCUCGAUUUAAUUUGGGAAUCCAACACUUCUGGGCUGGGCAUCACUUCUGCUUCACUUGAUAAUUCAGGUAAUUUUGUGCUCAAGAAUGGGACUCGUCCUGUCUGGACAACCUUCGACCAUCCAACUGACACAAUCAUUCCUGAACAAAACUUCACUACUAAUCAUGUUCUGCGCUGUGGGCUGUACUCUUUUCGCCUGGCGGAUUCUGGAGAAAUAUCUCUCAGUUGGAACGAUUCUGUUAAGUAUUAUAACACCUCUUCGUGGAGUAAUUCGACUGCCGACUUAAACUUGACUUCUCCGAGAUUAGGACUCCAGCCGGUUGGAAUUUUUGAGCUUCGCGAUUCAAAUCUUUCAAGUCCGGUGGCCAUCAGUCGAGGUAAUGACUAUGGCGAAACUAGCGGUAAUCCUUGGAGGUUUGUGAAGUUGGAUUGUGAUGGGAAUUUGAGGAUGUACAGUUCUUCGAGUGCCAGUGGAAGGGGAAGCAAAACUGAAACAUGGGCUGCUCUCGAAGAGCAGUGCCAGGUUUUUGGAUAUUGUGGUGAUCUUGGAGUCUGCAGAUACGAUGAGAUUACCGGUAAUCCAACAUGCGGAUGCCUGUCUGAGAACUUUGAUCUGAUCGAUACAAACGAUGCCAGAAAAGGUUGUAAGAGGAAGGUGGAUCUUCAGAACUGUCAGCCAACACUUCUGACUCUGAAUCACACUUUGUUCUUGACAUCCCCUUCUGAGUUUGGUACAGAUUACUUCACAGGCAGCAUCACAGCUUGCAGUUCCAAUUGCCUUCAAGAUGCUACCUGUAUAGCUUCAUCUUCCUUGGCAGAUGGAUCAGGAGUUUAUUACAUGAAAAGAUCGGGUUUAAUCAGUGGUUAUCAGUCUCCGACGAUCUCCAGCACAUCGUUUAUGAAGAUCUGUGGGAAUCCAGAGCCGUAUCCUCCUCCUUCUUCUGCUUCUGAAGCCAACAGAAAGGCUAAAAGACUGAGGAUUGUCGCAAUAGCUCUAGGGAUCGCCAUGGCUUUGGCUGUUCUAGCUUUCGCUUAUUUGUGGUUUUACAAUAAGUCUAGACCUCAGUACGAGACUAUACUUCCUCACUACUCAUUUUCUGACUAUGCAUCUGGCGUUCCUCUUCAGUUCUCUUACAAGGAGCUGCAGAAGGAGACAAAGAACUUCAAGGAGAAGAUUGGCGGAGGAGGAUUCGGCUCGGUUUACAGAGGUGUCCUGCCGAAUAAAAUUGUGGUUGCCGUUAAGCAGUUGGAAGGGAUUGGACAGGGAGAAAAACAGUUCAGAAUGGAGGUUGCAACAAUAAGCAGCACUCAUCACUUGAAUCUAGUGAGGUUGGUCGGAUUUUGCUCAGAAGGUCGACAUCGUUUGCUGGUAUAUGAGUUCAUGAAAAAUGGUUCGCUCGACAGCUUUCUGUUCGAUACAGAAAUGGAGCCUAAACUAGACAAGGAAGUUCUAAACUGGGCUCGCCGAUAUAGCAUUGCUUUAGGGACUGCAAAGGGGAUCACAUACCUCCACGAGGAAUGCCGCGACUGCAUCCUUCACUGUGACAUUAAGCCUGAGAACAUUCUCCUGGACGAAAACUACAAUGCCCGAAUCUCUGAUUUCGGCCUUGCAAGGCUCUUGAAUCUGAAUGACCACAGGCAUCGAAGCAUAAUCACUGUUAGAGGGACAAGAGGAUAUUUAGCUCCAGAAUGGGUCGCCAAUCUACCAAUAACUUCGAAAGCUGAUGUUUACGGCUACGGAAUGGUGCUGUUGGAGAUAGUUAGCGGAAGGAGGAAUUUUGAAGUUUCUGCUGAGACUAAUCAGAAGAGGUUUUCAUUGUGGGCUUAUGAAGAGAUUGAGAAGGGCAAUAUAGGAGCAGUUCUCGACAAAAGGCUUGCCGGCGAUGAUGUGGACAUUGAGCAGGCGGCGAGGUUGAUUCAAGUGAGCUUUUGGUGCAUCCAAGAACAGCCGUCGCUGCGGCCUGCAAUGGGAAAAGUGGUGCAAAUGCUUGAAGGGAUUGCGGAGGUGUAUAAACCUCCGCCGCCUAUGGCUAUGAUUGGAGGAAUGCUCCAAUCUGGAACUGAAACAGCCAUUUCUUCAUCCCAAAUUACUGCAAUUUCAUCUUUAGUGUCAGAAUCCUGAAGGAACAUAUACUGCAAAUGCUGAUUCUGUAAGAGCCCUGCACAUAAGUCUCUUGUCUUUUCUAAUGUGAAAAACAUACAAAUGCUGUCUGAUCCUGAUAUUGCUGUAAACAGUUGAUCUAAUACAAAGAUCAAUAAUCAGAAUUACUGCUAGUCACAAAUACAAGGACGUAUAUUCUAUUUU